AUGUUAGUCGCUCGGAGGACUUGGUAUUUAGUUCUAUGCCCGACCGAUACCAACAUUGUGACGUGCAAGUGGGUGUUUACCAUCAAGUAUCACCUGAAUGGCUAUAUCGCUCGUCACAAAGUUUAUUUAGUUACUCGAGACUUCACACAAACAUAUGGAAUCAACUAUAUUGAGAUGUUCUCUCUUGUUGUUUGCCUCAACUCCAUCUGUGUGUUCCUCUCUCUUGUCGUCAAUCAGACAUAAUCUCUUCAUCAGUUAGAUGUUUGUAAUAUCUUUCUCUACGAUAAUCUCACGGAGUAGGUAUUUAUAGAGCAACCUCUUAGGUAUGUUGCUUAGGGGGAGUAAUCGAAGGUGUGUGUCUCUUGCAACGUGUCAUUUAUGAGCUCAAGUAGAGUUCACAUGCUUAGUUUACUAAGUUUAGUGAUUUACUCACCACCUUUGACUUUGUCUCCUACACUACAAAUUCUACUGUGCUCACGAAGAAGACAGAGGGCAGCCUUAUCAUUAUUUUAGUCUAUGUCAAUGACAUUCUUGUGACUAAAAGUAAUGAGGCCGACAUCUCUGCUACCAAAGCUUACUUGCAGUAACAUCUCAGCAUUCGCGACUUAGAGAUUCUACAAUAUUUUUUUGAGAUUGAGUUUGAGUAUCAGGACGAGAAGCUCACCCUCACUUAGCAAAAGUAUGCUCUCGACAUGCUUCAAGAGAUAGGCUUUCUUAGGUGCAAGCUAGAGGCUUUGCCCAUGGAAGCAUGCUCACAAUUCUGAGACACUUUAUCUCCCCUACUCGAGGAUGCUAACUAAUAUCGACGAUUGUUAGACAAGUUGAUAUAUCUUACCGUUAGUCACCCUGACAUUAUGUGCCAGUUUAUGUAGAAGUCUCAACGAGUUUCAUUGAGAAGGAGCUCUAUGAGUCCUCGCCUACAUCAAGUAAUCUCUCGGGAAAGGACUCAUCUAUUGGCAACACAACGAUCUUCACAUUACAAUUUACUCUGAUGUCGGGUAUGUGGGUGGUAAGGGUGACUGAAAGUCUACUAUGAGUUAUUGCACAUACGUUGACGAAAACUUAGUCACCUAG